AUGUGCAAAGUCCUGUUGUGCCUUGGGACCUUGAUACAACGUCUACAGCAUUACUUACCCUACCCUAGGCGAUGUCCUUGUAAGCGUUGUGUUUUUGUAACUCGAUACGUACUCGAGUAUGGGGAUCUGAAGGGAUUCGACCAGGUGGCUUCAGAAAGUGCCUGCGUCUCUGUGGGCGGGUUGAUAUCCAUGUUGGAACCGAUACAUAACUUAGUCCUCUCCAGAAAUCAGAUGGAAGAUCUGAAUGAACACAGACAACCUUGGAUGGAACGACCCAAGAAACGAGGACAAGGCUGGCCCGAAGCACGAAGCCGUUUGCGGAGAAAGCGUGUCAGGGACCUCGAUCAGGACGCUAUUACUAUAGAUAGAAUCGGUAGCAAACCGAGCGGAAUGUCCGUGCUGCCGAUCUCGCAUCCAACGAGUAACUUAGCAUUCUCGAUCGAUAAUCGUGUUAUCGGCACCCAUUUCCCUCCAGUCCCAAGUCUGAGAACAGAAAAGCAAAAAGAACACUUGGAUAGUAUCCAAGACAAAUAUUCUCCGUACGAUGAGGGAAACUUUGUUGUGAGCAUGUCAGAGACAAUGCCUUUGUUAUUGGCAGAGCAGCAAAGGGGCGGUGUACGAAGCGGCACAGGGUUGCAGAGAGACUUUGAUAUCCAGGGACCAGCGAAGACAUGCUGCUGGUCCAUAGCUGCCAUACCAUAUAGUUAUACUCCAGAGGACACGAGUCCAGCUAGCUUCGGGAGGUUCGGCUCCCCUCGAAAGAUCUCCGCCCCCAGGCAGAAGAAGAAACAUUACGGAAAAGCAAUGCGGACGCUGGACGAUGACUUGAGUAACCCAACCGGCCAGGAGAAGUCAGUCGGGCGGAAAAAAGCACCGGAGUGGAUCGAUCUGCCGCCGGGCUAUCCAAGAACAGCAAUUUUCGAGAUCACCUGA